AUGCCUCCAUUACCAGGCUUUACAGGCAACCCUCUCAAGACUCGCGCCGAUGUAGUGUAUGCGGCCAAGGCAAUUAUCAGUCCUCUGGUCCAAUACACCUCCCCAGGCUGUGCUUACGUCCGGUUGCCUGUAACAUCUGGUACACUCUAUGAUGAUAGAGCUGCCAGGCUCGAGGGCUUUGCACGCCCACUAUGGGUGACGGGGUCUCUGCUGGCAAGUGGCGAUUGCUGUGAAGAGCUGUUGGCAAGGGUUAUUGCUGGAUUAAGCAACGGCACAGACCCUAAGCACGCUGAGUACUGGGGUGAUAUUGGAGACAACGAUCAGCGCAUGGUCGAGACUGAACCAAUUGCUUUUACACUCCUCUCGAGCCCACGGCAUUUGCUCUGGGAUAGACUAGAGGACUCUGUCCGCUCCAAUGUUGCUCGGUGGUUUCUUCAACUAAACGGAAAGCAGAUUCCCCGGGUGAACUGGCUGUGGUUCCGCGUCUUUACCAACCUUGUGUUGCUAAAGCUUUGCGAAGUCGAUGACCUGAGCGUAUGCCCACAAAUGGACUUGGACUUGGAAGAAUUAGAUUCAUUCUAUUUGCAAGAUGGCUGGUCUAGCGACGGCUUGUGGAGAAGUCCCAAGGAUGACGAUGAUGAAUGGCUGCUAUUCCAACAAACAGGUCGUGUUCACAGUAUCAAGCCAGAUCGUAACAUGUAUCUGACAGAAGACUACAACUCACCCCAGUCUGUAUACUGGGCACUGAAGUCUUUUGUGGCUAUUAUGCUACCGUCUAGUGAGCCAUUUUGGGCUGAGGAUGAGCAACCAUACCCCCAACUUGAUCCGGCUCAAACCGUGGCUUUUUUACAUGCCCCGCGGCAACUACUUUGCAAUGCUUCCAAAGGACAUCACUUCCUCCUCUCCUCGGCCCAAUUCACCUCACUGUACUGGAAAGGUGCCGCAGCAAAGUACAGUAAAUUCGCUUACUCUUCUGCGUUUGGAUUCUCUGUUCCAACUGGCCAGGCAACACUCCAACAACUGGCACCCGACAAUAUGCUUGCUCUGAGCAGAGACGGUACACAAACCUGGGCCACAAAGUGGAAAUGUCACGAGCCUACAUUCCGAGUGUGCAAAGUCCACUCGAGUGUAAGCCACAUGGCGGAGGAACUCCAAGCAAUGCAAGUUCUUUGGUAUCCUUGGGAUGAUCGCAGCGUCUCCGUCACGACGACGUUGAUACCACCUUCGAGAAGAUGGCCAGACUGGCAUAUUCGCGUGCAUCGUAUCCGAGUCGAAAAGAACGGUCCUGGAGCCCUUUAUACUGCCGAGGGUGGGUUUGCGAUCAACGGCGAGCUGAAAAAUUCCGGGCAAUGGCUGCAGACAAUCAACCCCAAUAUUUUAGAUCAUAUUGAUCACGGACAUGACUUGCAGGGAUAUGUAUCGGAUACCGACUCUGCUGUCGUCUUCUCCGAUACUAGAGUUUCAGGCAUCACGGGUUUGGUUUUGGAAAGUCCAAGUACUGCUGGUGUCAGACAGACAGCAGCGGUAUUACGACCUGAGGCGAACACUAACAUUAUGUCGGCUCGGUCACUUCUUCCAUUAGUGGAACAUGAAGUGACUAGUUUGAAACAGGGUGACGAACUUUUAUUGUGUACACGAGUUUUUGCCAUUGUUGACGACUCAGUUCUGCCGCACAGACCUAAUGGGCAUCGGUGGGAUGCCUGGCAAGAUCGCCCAGGCAUCGGGACAAGCCUAGAUAACUUGGAGGACGUUAUUGAUUUGCCGUGA